CAAUACGCAGUCGGCGUCCGGACCGCGAGCACGCACAGAGCCGCUCCGGCCUGUAGCACCCGGCAUGGCCCGCCUGUGCGGGGGACCGCUCCCCCCUCGCCGAGGGUAGCUGUCUCUCUCGCCGCGACUCCAGUCCUUGUCGCGGGCUCCUUCCCCAUCCAGCUUUAUCAGCACGCCUUCUCUCCGGCGGAGAUGGGUCUACCUGCGGAAACACAAACACCCCCGCCUCUGCGGCAGUUCAGGAACAACUUCUGGCGAGAGAACAGCUGAGUCCCCGUGUACCUCGCUGUUCAUAACCGUUCACCUGCGAGUUUUCAAGUUAUAAUUUUUGGUGGCCGCUGAGGUGGCCGGGGGCGGCGCGGGCCUGCAAGAUGCCCACCUGGCUGGCCACCCACACCGCCUCGCUGCUCCUGCUGCUCGCGUGCCUCGCGCAACUCAGCCGGUGCAACCAGGGCAAGGUGAACUUCAGGGAGAAGGAGAAGCAAGUGCUGGACCAGAUCCUGGGGCCGGGCCGCUACGACGCCCGCAUCCGGCCCUCUGGAGCCAACGGCACGGUCGCUGACGCGCCCACCAUAGUCUCAGUGAACAUCUUCCUCCGCUCAAUCAGCAAAAUAGACGAUUAUAAAAUGGAGUACAGUGUGCAGCUCACAUUCAGAGAACAGUGGAUGGAUGAGAGACUGAAGUUCAAUGAUUUCGGAGGGAGGAUCAAGUACCUGACGCUGACGGACGCGAACCGAGUGUGGAUGCCCGACUUGUUCUUCGCGAAUGAGAAGGAGGGCCACUUCCACAACAUCAUCAUGCCCAACGUGUACAUCCGCAUCUUCCCGUACGGCUCCGUGCUGUACAGCAUCAGGAUAUCGCUGACGCUGUCCUGCCCCAUGAACCUGAAGCUGUACCCGCUGGACAGACAGACCUGCUCGCUGCGGAUGGCCAGCUACGGAUGGACCACGGACGACCUGGUGUUCCUGUGGAAGGACGGAGACCCCGUGCAGGUGGUCAAGAACCUCCACCUGCCCCGCUUCACGCUCGAGAAGUUCCUCACCGACUACUGCAACAGCAAGACCAACACCGGCGAGUACAGCUGCCUGAAGGUGGACCUCCUGUUCAAGCGGGAGUUCAGCUACUACCUGAUCCAGAUCUACAUCCCCUGCUGCAUGCUCGUCAUUGUCUCUUGGGUGUCCUUCUGGCUCGAUCAGAAUGCCGUCCCGGCGCGAGUGUCCCUCGGGGUCACCACCCUGCUCACCAUGGCCACCCAGACCUCGGGCAUUAACGCCUCCCUCCCACCCGUGUCCUACACCAAGGCCAUCGACGUGUGGACGGGGGUCUGCCUCACCUUCGUGUUCGGCGCGCUGCUCGAGUUUGCCCUCGUCAACUAUGCAUCGCGCUCCGACAUGCACCGCGAGAACAUGAAGAAGCAGCGGCGACAGUGCGAGCUGGAGCAUGCCGCGUCCCUGGAGGCCGCCGCCGACCUUCUGGAGGAUGGCACCACCACCUUCGCCAUGAAGCCCCUGGUACGGCACCCGGGAGACGCCCUCUCCCUGGAGAACGCUCGCACCUGCGAGAUCCACAUGCAGCCCAAGAGGGACAACUGCUGCCGCACGUGGCUCUCCAAGUUCCCCACGCGCUCCAAGCGCAUCGACGUCAUCUCGCGGAUCACCUUCCCCUUGGUGUUCGCGCUGUUCAACCUGGUGUACUGGUCCACGUACCUGUUCAGGGAGGAGGCCGAAGUGGACUAGGGUGGGACCUCGCACCUUGUCUUCCCCGCGCUGGUGAUGGUACUGUCAGCAUCCAUCUCGGGUGAUCUUCCGCGAACUGUCUCCCUUGGUGUUCGUGCUGUUCAACCUGGUGUACUGGCUCACGUACCUGUUCAAGGAGAAGGCCGAAGUGGACUAGGGUGGGACCUCGCGCCUUGUCUUCCCCGCACUGGUGCUGGUGCCAUCAGUGGUCGAAGCCCUGCCGCGUCCAUCUCGGGUGAUCUUCCACUGACUAUCUCCCUUGGUUCUUCAGCUGUUCGGGGGCAAGGCUUCCCGACCUGCUCGCGAUCACUGAAGACACUCCUUCCAAACCCACCCUCGAGAGCUACCGGCUGAGGUUUCUGCUUCCGUGAACUCCCGUGGCGGGCGCAAGAACAUGCGGGAGUUGAACAAUUCCCGAGUUGAGGGGUUUUACCAAAAAAAAAAAAGACUUUCCAGUUCGGUGCCAUCCGUUUCCCGAUAAAAGAUACGUAAGAGUGAUUAACGUUCUGUUUGUGACUUGCGUGACUAGUGAUGAGUUGAAAUUUUUUUUUAUCUGGUCUCGUGGCGGGUAAUCUUGACAAGUGUCCCUGUUCCUGUUUCAGAAGGGAUCAAAUCAAAAAACUAUUCUGAAAGCAGUGUAACUUCACAGGAUGUACCUCUCUCUGCAAUCUGACACAGAGCUUUUGGCGCAUUGGUCCCUGACAGGAAAUCCAGGCCGCCAAUGCUGUGGCAAGCCCAAGCCCCUGGGAAUAAAAUAUCCCCCAAAACAUGUGUCUACCAGUAUCAAUAAAAUUACAGUUUCCUUUCACCGUAAAAUUAAUUGCAUCUUGUCAUACUUACAAUGUUAUAGUGUUACAAUGUUUUAGGACUAGUUUUUAAUACGGGCUACACGAUACUUGACAAAUAUGAUUUAGUUCAAGCUGGCUACAAGCAUAUGGCCUAGAUUUCAUUUGUUCAUCCAAAAAUACUUCAAAAUUUAUCAGAAAUUCAGUAAAUACUUUAAGUUUUAUAAGAAUGUGUGAGUAUAUUGAUGGGAGAUGAGGAAUUAUGACAUUAGCUGGUUAAAUAUGACUUUGGUUCCUCCCUCAAUUAGGCCACAUAGUGUGAAACAUAUAUGGCAACCAGGGUCACGAGGGAAAGUUGACUAUGUAAAUACGUAGUUCGUGAAUGUUAAUCAUAUAGACUGUAAAAAGCGAAGCAAAAACAUAUUGUUAAGUUUUUAGAGAUUGAAAGAUAUACUCAAGUUGAUUGUCCUUGACUUUUGCACUGAUUGCUUGCCAAGUUGUCACAAAGGCACUGCUCACUGCAGUCAGAUCCAGUUGUGAAGUCAAGGAUAAUCUCUGAUAACGGCCGUGAUAGCCUGCGAUCGUCUUUGAUACGUAUACUCAAAUGUUUAACUGUUUGCUUGUGAACGAAGUAUAGGGUGACCAAGUCCACCAACAAUCAUUGUUUUGUUGUGUUUCUAGAGGGUGCUAUAUUUAAACAAACAAAACGACUAUUCAGCUCACUGCACAGGCUGAGGAAAUAUUUAAAGACCAUCGGUGAAAUGUAGUGGUGGUGUAUGAAUGUAGUGACACGUGUUAUAAUCUCGAUUAGUAGGUACAUUAUCGUGGUUCAUAUCACACAAUCACCGAUCACCAAUUAGGUUCCUUUAUAUUAGCUGUGUAUAAUAGUUGUUCUUCUUGAGCACCAGUCACGACGUACCACAUUUUGCAUUAUUUAAUUCCAAGAUCAAAAACGACUGGACCUAAAGAUACUACAGAAAUGAUCUCUUCGUAUAAAAGACUGUUUAGUUUCUAAACCAACAUGUUUUUAACCUGAGGUGCACUUUGUUUCAUGAUUGUUGUAUUACGUCUUAGCUAAUUAACAAUUCUGUCACAGAAUGUUUGUGAUGUUUCCGAGCUUAAGUUUGACGUACAGUGUUCAUAAUAACAGUUGUCAUUGUUAGUUUAUUUGUUGAAGGUCAAGAGUUUAAUAAAUAUACUGACCGAAUGAAGGGUACGAGCGCAUGUUCAUUAUGUAGCAUAUUCGUGUAUAUCUUCACCAGUGUGUUGUUUGUUUAAAUACAGGAAAAUAAUGCACAUUGUAAUAAAUUCACGAAA